UUGCGAUUCAUUGUGCUCCCAUUUUUCAGCAAUCGAAUAAUCGCCAAAUCUCCCUUUUGCAAUCCAUCACUAGUCGAAAUAAUCCUUCGCCUCAAAAAUGGAUGGCGAACACGCCAACUAUGGCUCACCGGCCAAUGCAGCUACACCCGGUAGCAACCUCAUCCUAGCGCAACCACCUCUACAAACCGACACCUCCAAUGCGCAAGGAGCUGAAGAUGUGCAGAUGUCCGAAAUCCCCUCUACUGAACCUAUCAUCAAGCAAGAUAGCACUACUCCCGCUCCUGCUGGUACUUCAGAUAACCCACUUGAUGCCCCUCCUGCGCCGCCUGCUGAAACUACCUUAGCUAAGGACGAUGAGGAGAUGGGCGAGGCUCAGGCGGAUGGACGACAGGAAAAAGAUGGCGACGAAGCAGCUGCCGGUGCCGAUGGUGCUCAGGAGGUGAAGUCUAAGGAAAGCAUCGAGAACGCCGCGCGCGAACACCUCAUUUCCCAAACCCACGCCAUUGUUCUACCGAGUUAUAGCACCUGGUUCGACAUGAAUGCUAUCCACAGCAUCGAACGCAAGGCUCUACCAGAAUUCUUCAACAGCCGAAACCGAAGUAAAACCCCUGCCGUCUACAAAGAUUACCGUGAUUUCAUGAUCAACACCUACCGACUCAACCCCGUCGAAUACUUAACUGUCACCGCCUGCAGACGAAAUUUGGCCGGAGAUGUUUGCGCCAUUAUGCGCGUCCAUGCUUUCCUAGAGCAAUGGGGAUUAAUUAACUACCAAGUUGACGCGGAUCAACGACCCUCCCAAGUUGGGCCGCCUUUCACCGGCCACUUUCAAGUCAUCUGCGAUACACCGCGCGGACUUCAGCCUUGGCAACCUUCAGCCGACCCCAUUGUGCUUGAAGGCAGAAAGAUCCAGGACACUGACCAUAAGGCUGCUGCUGCUGCAACUGCUGCGGGCGAACGAAACCUCGAAAUCGGUCGCAACAUCUACGAAGCUAAUGCGAAGGGAACGAAAAUCAACAAGACCGAGAACAAGACAAACGGCGAGGCUGCAACCAACGGUGCUACCUCGCCAGCAGCUGAUGAAAGCUUGACCAAGCCCAUUGUCAAGGUUCACUGCUUAAACUGUGGUGUCGAUUGCACUAGAGUUUACUACCACCUACCUGAGGUCAGUUCUGCGAAUAAGACUAAAUACGAUGUCUGUCCUAGUUGCUACCUGGAGGGUAGGAUACCCAGCAACCAGACAAACACCCAAUUUGUUAAAAUGGAGAACAAGACCUAUUCGACAAUUCAUGACCGAGAGGCACCAUGGACGGAUGCCGAGAUUCUUCGUCUACUCGAAGCGUUAGAAAGAUAUGAUGACGACUGGGCCGAGAUAGCAGAGCAUGUAGGCACACGAACUCGGGAGGAAUGUGUCCUGCAAUUCCUUCAAUUAGAUAUCGAGGACAAGUACCUCGAAACAGAAGCACCCAUUCACGCUCCUACGGGUCUUGCUAUGCUAGGAAAGCAUGGCGGCCAUCUCCCUUUUAGCCAAGCUGAUAACCCGGUCAUGUCUGUUAUCGGAUUCCUUGCUAGCCUUGCCGAUCCCAAGACAACAGCUGCGGCGGCAAAGAAGUCUGUCGAGGAGCUACAGCAGGGUUUGAGAAACAAGAUUGAGGGUGGUGACGCGACGAAGGUCAACGGCAAGGGCAAGGAGAAGGAAGGCGAUUCGAUGGAGAUUGAUGGUAACCAGGAGAACACGAACACAACGGUCUCUAACCUAGCCAGCAUACCACUCGCCGCUAUGGGGGCACGUGCAGGUGGCUUGGCUUCUCACGAGGAGCGAGAGAUGACUAGGUUACUCUCCGCCGCCGUGAACGUCACCCUGCAGAAAAUGGAGCUGAAGCUGAAGUUCUUUGACGAGAUGGAGGGUAUCCUACAAGCAGAACGGCGCGAGUUGGAGCGGGGCAGGCAACAACUCUUCCUGGACCGACUCGCAUUUAAGAAGAGGGUCCGAGAAACCCAGGCAGGUUUACGCGCUGGUGUGAACGGCGCUGACAUCAAGCCGGAUGGUAACGGCUUAACAUUCACGUCGGCUCCCCCUCUAAGCUCAGUCCAACCACUCGGAAGCGACGGCAAUAUCAAGAGCUACGAGGCCUAAGUAAUACCAUGUUAAUUUGGAGGAGUCCACGCAUAAGACAGCAGCCCUGGGGGUAGUCAGGUAUUAUUUCGCGGCGAACCAGGCAUUUUAAAGGGACUGGGACGGGUCAACGCGGUUUCUUAUUGCUAGCUUUUUUUCCGUUGUUCUGGGGCGUCAAGGGAAAUUCCAGGAUGCAAACCGGUCCUUGCUAUGCUCUUCUCAAAGAGGGCACUUCUUGAUUUAUUUUUCUUUUGCAGAGUCAAUGGGUGAAGGAAUCCGAGGUUAAGCUCUAUA